AUGAAUUGCACUACCAAGGUGCCCACCUACUGCUACAGACACAGUCCCGAAUUGAUCAAGACGAGAAACAAGGAUGAUAUCGAUACCAUUCAAUUAGAAAAGGAAUUGAGCUCAUUUUCAGAAGAAAAUCAAUCACAAAUCUCUCAAGUGUGGAAUAUCUUCCAACAAUCCUCAAAGCAACAACGACUUUUGAUCUUGAAAGGAAUUUUGGCAUCUUCAUGUACACCUCAACUCUCCUACAUUUCCAACGCCGUAAAACCCCUAUUGUGCACUGAUUUCACUGCUGUGUUUCCACCAGAGAUCACCAAACAAAUCUUCACCCUAUUAGAUGCAUCCUCCCUCUGCUCUGCUGCUCAAGUCAGUAGACGCUGGAAGUUACUAGCUGAUGAUGAUACCCUUUGGCAUCGCAUGUGCGAGCAACAUAUCAACAAGAAAUGUACAAAAUGCGGUUGGGGUCUCCCUCUCUUACAGAAACGCAAAGUCGUCCGUGUCAGCAAACGUGCUCGCUCUGAACCUCCUUGUGAUGAAGAAGCAGCAACCGCUCCUGCUGCCAAGCGUGUGGAUCGCCGACCUUGGAAAGAUGUCUAUAGCGAACGUUUAGUCGUAGAACGCAAUUGGAGACGUAACACUGCAACAUGUCGAGUUUUUAAGAAUGAACACAGCGCUGGUAUUAGCUCUCUUCAAUUUUGUGAGGCGCAAAACAUCUUGAUCACUGGUUCUUAUGACAAAACUGCUAUUGUUUGGAAUUUGGAGACAGGACAAGUGUUGCGUACCUUGAAGGGCCAUGCUCGUAGUAUUCGCACACUUCAAUUUGAUGAUACCAAGCUGGUCACUGGCUCUAUGGACAACACGCUUCGUAUCUGGAACUAUCACACUGGUCAAUGCAUUCGUACCUUGGAAGGCCAUACUGAUGGUGUUGUUCAUUUGAAUUUCAACUGCCGUAUCUUGGCUAGUGGUUCUGCCGAUUCUACCAUCAAGAUUUGGAACUUCCAUACUGGUGAAUGCUUUACGUUGAGUGGUCAUACCAAGGCUGUGAACCAUGUCAGCAUUCAAAAGGACAGUACCACGCUUGUGUCCAGCUCUGAAGAUGGCUCUAUUCGUAUUUGGGAUCUUGAGAAGCGUGCUUGUGCUCGUGUUCUUAGUGGCCACAUGGCACCUGUUCAGACUGCCAUCCCUAGCAUGCCUGGCUUCCUACAUACCUUCUUCAAGCAACAAACCAAGAAGCCAAUCUUCAUCAAGCGCAUCUCUAGUAGCGGAAGUGGCAGCAGUGACGAAGAAGAGGAUGUUGCAGCAAACGCAUUGAUUCGUCGUCGUGGCAGCAAUUCCAGUAACACAAGCGAUAACAGCAAUAGCAGCACUGUGAGUGAUUGCGACCGUUCAUCUGAGCAAGUUGUUAUCUCUGGCUCUCUGGAUAACACUAUCAAGGUUUGGUCUCUUGAAACGGGUGAGUGUCUUCAAACUCUUUUUGGCCAUGUACAAGGUAUCUGGACUUUGGCCUAUGAUAAGCUUCGCCUGGUAUCUGGCUCCAACGAUGGAUCACUCAAGCUCUGGGACAUCGAAAGUGGCUUACCGAUGCAUUGUCUUGAUGGCCACACUUCAGCUGUAACUUCUGUUUCUCUCAGUGAUACCAAAGUUGUCAGUGCUGAUUGUCAAGGUGAAAUUCGUAUUUGGGAUUUCGGUGUUCAAGCUUAG